AUGCAUGCCAGGGGUCCCCCUGGCCCACUCUUCCCGGCCCUGCCUCUUACCUCCUCGACUCUGAUGCUGCUGAUGAGUGGCCUAUGGCUAGUGGGAGUUGGCCCUAGCCUCACCCUGGCCCCGGAGCUGCUGCAGGAACCCUGGCAGGCGCAUAGGCUCCUGACCCAUGCCCUAGGCCACGUGUCCCUGCCGGGCCUGCUCCUGAGCCUGCUGCUCAUGGCUACACUGGGCUGGCAACAGGAGCGCCGCCUGGGCACCCUGUGGUUCCUGCACACCUCUGUUCUGCUUGCCCUGGCCACUGGGCUGCUGGCUGUGGUGCUGGCGAGCCUUGGAGUGCCCAGUGUGGCAGGUGGCUGCGGUUAUAUGCCUGUCCACUUGGCCAUGCUGGCGGGGCAAGAUCGCCGGCCCCCACGGCCCCGGGGGGCACUGCCACGGUGGCUACUGCCGUGGCUGCUGUUGAGCUUGACCCCAUUGCUCAGCUCUGAACCACCCUUCCUGCAACUCGUCUGUGGCCUUCUGGCUGGCCUGGCCUAUGCAGCGGGGGCCUUCUGGUGGCUGGAGUUGUCGGAGCAGCGACUACAGGUGCUGCAGGCGGGCACUGUAUGCAGAGUCCUGGCGGGGUGCUGGCCACUGAAGCUCCUGCCUACUCCAGGCAGCCUGGCUGAGCUACCUGUCACCCAUCCCCCUGGAGUGAGGCCUUCUGAGCAGGGACUGGCUCUCAUGGCCUCCCCUAGCCUAUGGCCCCGCAGUAAAGCCUCAGUCCCACUCCCACCAAGUCUGGGAUCUGUGCAGUCAGCCUGGGAGGGCUCCUCAGAGGCAGGCCUGGCAUGGGCUGGGCCCAGCUUCCCCCCAGACACCCCGCUGUGGGCGGCCCUGGACCAGCAGAUUCUGCAGGAAGCGCUCCAAGCCUCACUUAAGGAGGGGCCGGCCCAGGGCCCUGAGAGCCCUCUGUGGCUACCCAAGUCCUCAGUUUCUUCUCUGCGGCUGCAGCAGCUGGAACGCAUGGGCUUUCCCACGGAGCAGGCAGUGGUGGCACUGGCAGCCACGGGCCGUGUGGAGGGUGCUGUGUCACUGCUGGUCGGUGGACAGGUUGGGGCUGAGGCCCUGGUCACAGAGGGGAAGGGCCGGCCUGCCCACCCCGAGGGCCCCGGGCCCCCUAGCCCAGGCAGAGGGCAGGACACAGGCAGGUCCUAG